AUGGCAAAGAUGGUUACUGUCAGAUCAGUCCUUGCGUUAGCUUCUAUUCAUGCUUGGCCACUCUUUCAACUUGAUGUGUUUAAUGCCCUCCUGCAAGGGGAUUUUCAUGAAGAAGUUUACAUGUCUUUACCUCAAGGAUUUGGCACUCAGGGGGAGAACACAGUCUGCAGACUGCUCAAAUCCUUGUAUGGAUUGAAGCAAGCAAGUAGACAAUGGAAUCACAAACUCACCGAAGCCUUGAUCAAAAAUGGUUACUCACAGAGUAAAUAUGAUUACUCUUUAUUCACCAAACGAGAAGGAAGCAAUAUAGUCAUCAUGCUUGUCUAUGUAGAUGACAUCUUGAUAACAAGGAGCUGCACUAAGAUGAUAGAUCAAUUGAAGUUCAUAUUGCAGGAUAAUUUCAAAAUCAAAGACCUUGGUCACCUUAAAUAUUGUCUUGGAAUUGAAGUUGCUAGGUCCUCUGAAGGAAUUGUUUUGAACCAGAGAAAAUAUGCACUGGAACUCAUUUCGGAGGCUAGAUUGUCUGCUGCAAAACCUGCUGACACUCCUCUUGAACAACAUCUAAAACUGACUUCAUAUGAGUAUGAUCAAAAGUUCCUACCGGUUGAAAAGGAUGAGUUGUUGUUAGAUCCUAGUGUAUUCAGGAGGAUGGUGGGAAGGUUGUUAUAUCUAACCAUGACUAGGCCAGACAUUUCAUUCGCUAUCCAGACUUUAAGUCAGCACAUGCAGACUCCUAAACAAUCACAUCUGGAAGCAGCAUUGAGGGUUAUAAGAUAUGUGAAAAAGGAACCAAUUGGGCAGCUUGCGCUGUCAGUAGAAAAUCAGUAUCAGGAUACUGCAUCAAGAUGGGAGAUUCUCUUCUGUCUUGGAAAUCAAAGAAAAAAAUACUGUGGCAAGAUCAUCUGCAGAAGCAUGGCUGUAGCUGUUGCAGAGUUAGUUUGGUUAACAGGCUUGCUUAAAGAGCUUGAUGAUGAAGCCAAAAUACCGGCAUUGCUCUACUGUGAUAAUAAGUCAGCAUUGCAGAUUGCGGCAAAUCCCAUUUAUAACACUGGGAAUUUCACAAGUAAUAGCACUUAUGAGAAGAACAGGAAUCUGAUCCUCUCAUCUCUUGCUUCUAAUGUUACUCUACAUGAAGGGUUUUUUUAUAAUGCAAGUAUUGGCCUGGAGCCUGACAAAGUUUAUGCUCUUGUGACUUGUAGAGGAGAUUCUUCUGCAGAACAGUGUGCCAAUUGUGUAAGUUCUGCAGCUGAAGAUAUUGUGAAUACAUGUUUGGACCAGAAAGAAGCAGUUGCUUGGGGAGGGACUCAAUGCAUUGUACGCUAUUCGAACCGCUAGAUUUUCAGAGAAAUGGGCGAGGAACCUAUGGCUGCGGGAAGCAGUGAGAAUCAUAUGGCGGUGAACAUGACUCAUUUUGAUCAGACUUGGGAGAGUUUGAUGAAUCAGUUAUUGAGAAAAGCUUCUACAAGUAAGUUUGCAACCGGAGAAGCAAAUUUGACGAACUUUGUGAAGAUAUAUGCACUCAUGCAGUGUACUCCUGAUAUUUCACAGACUGAUUGUGGCACUUGUCUACUCCAAUCUGUAGCCUACUAUGAAGCUCACUACCAUGGCAAGUCACGUUGCCUUGUUAUGAAACCUAGCUGUAUGUAUAUCUGGGAUUUAAAUCAUUUCUAUAAUGCCACUCUUGAUGCUCCUUCACCAUCACUUCCACCGCCAAAAAUCUUGAAAGGCAGAGGAGGCAUUAAAUCUAGAACUGUUAUGAUAACUGUUUCUUCUAUAGUGUUUAUCUUUAUUAUAACACUUGUUGCCUUCACUUGUGUCAUUUUACGAAGAAGGAAGACAAGCAGGAGACAGAAGUUCUUUCUUUCCAACGUAGGACCCAUAACAAUUAUUGCAAUUGCAGUUCCAGCAUCACUUGUCUUCAUAAUAAUUUUAUCCACUUCAUGCUAUUGUGUCCUACGUUGGAAAGAAAGAAGAAAGUACAACGCUGUAAAAGAUCAUGGAAAUGCUGGAAACGAGAUUUCAGUGGUGGAAUCUUUACAAUUAGACUUGCAUUCCAUUGUAGCUGCAACAAGCAAUUUCUCUGAUGGAAACAAGAUUGGUGAGGGUGGAUUUGGCAGUGUGUACAAGGGUACACUUCAUAAUGGACAGAUGGUAGCUAUUAAGAGGCUAUCAAGAAGCUCAGGUCAAGGAUUAGAAGAAUUUAGGAAUGAGGUUGUAUUGGUAGCCAAGCUUCAACACAGAAAUUUAGUGAGGUUAUUGGGAUUUUGUGCAGAAGAAGAGGAGAAAUUAGUUGUCUAUGAAUUUGUGCCCAACAAAAGCCUCGACUACUUCCUUUUUGAUCCUAAAAAACAAGGGCAAUUGGAUUGGUCGAUGCAUUGCAAGAUUAUAGGAGGAAUUGCUCGAGGAAUCCUGUAUUUGCAUGAGGAUUCUAGACUCAAAAUCAUACAUUGUGAUCUCAAAGCUAGCAACAUUCUGUUGGAUGAAGACAUGAACCUGAAGAUAGCAGAUUUUGGCAUGGUGAGGAUUUGUGGGAUGGAUCAAAGUCAAGGAAAUACAAGCAGAAUUGUUGGCACAUAUGGUUAUAUGCCCCCAGAAUAUGCAUUACACAGACACUUUUCAGUAAAGUCUGAUGUGUACAACUACGGAGUUAUAAUACUGGAGAUCAUAAGCGGCAAAAAGAACAGUUCUUUCUAUCAAUCAGAUUAUUCCGAAGACCUCUUGAGCUAUGCAUGGAGACUUUGGAGGGAUGGAACACUAUUGGAGCUAACAGAUCAAGUUCUAGGCAAUUCUUUUCAGCGAAAUGAGGUCACUAGAUGCAUCCAUAUCGGAUUAUUAUGCGUUCAAGAAGAUCCAGCAGACAGACCUAUGAUAGCAACCGUAGUGCUCAUGCUUAACAGUUUCUCGGUCACACUACCAUUACCGAAACGCCCAGCAUUCUUUGUUCGUAGCACAACAGGGCAGAGUAUGCCAGAAAUGGGUCCAGAAUCAGUUCAAUCUUCAAGCAAAUCCAUGCCAUCAUCUAUAAAUGAUGUGUCCAUCACUGAACUUUACCCUUGUUAGCACAAGGAAUAGGAAACUUCAACAUUUUUUAUCAUUCAAUACAAAUAAGACCUGUUUUUUUUUUUUUUUUAUUUAUGAACAACAAAUAUAUUGAAUUUUUUGCAUAGUUUACACCUGUGAUUUUGGUAAUGUUUGUU